GGUUAUUUUUGAUGGACUAAUUGAGAAUAAUCUGCUAUUUCAGGUGAUAACUGAGCGAGACGGUCUCUGAUUCAUUUCCCUGCAGCUUGUUCAAGAACCAAUCCAAGGGUAAGGUGAUAUGGCAAGAAACCAUUUGUUGUUGGAAAAUGAAUUCACGGAUGCUAACUAGAGAGGAAUGGAGUCAUAUGAUCACAUGGUGUUGUGUAUGAAAACCUACACAUGAAGGCCCACUUUGUUAGCUCAAAAACAAACAUAUUUCUUUAAGCCCACUUGAGAUCAAACCCCAACUUGGGAACACACAGAAGAAACUUGUAGCACCUCUCUCUCUCCCCCCCUCUCUCUCUCUCUCUCAUAAAAAAACCAAGCCUAGGCCACUGCUUUCUCCAAUGCAAUUGUCUUCUUCACAUCCAACAUCACUGUCGAUGUUAUUGUACUCUCUCUCCCUCUCUGCUUAUUUCCUUGUGGUCCUUCCUCUUUAUAUAUCUCUCUCAGCGCUUCCUCUAUAGAUUAUACCUAACAACACUUGCCUUCUUCCUCGAGAGAGCCUAAGCUUUGCUCUAAGCAAAAACUCUUCCCACUUGUCUCUUUUUGGGUUAACUCUGCUUCUAUAUUAAAUCCCUCAAACCCAUUUUUUUUGACAGACAUAGACACCAUAUUCUAGGGAUGUCUAGCAGAAGGUCGAGGCAGUCAGGGUCUUCGAGGAUCUCAGAUGAUCAGAUCAUUGAACUUGUGUCCAAGUUGCAGCAACUUCUUCCUGAGAUUCGCAAUAGGCGUUCAGACAAGGUGUCAGCUUCCAAGGUCCUACAGGAGACCUGCAACUACAUUAGAAGCUUACACAGAGAGGUGGAUGACCUAAGCGAACGACUGUCCAGGUUACUGGCUACAGUCGAUGCUGAUAGUCCUGAGGCUGCAAUAAUCAGGAGUUUAAUUAUGUAAUGAACCCUUGUAUUUUUCUUAUCGUACUUCUUCCUAGGGUUUGGUCACUUAACCAAACAAGGUUCAGAAUUAAGUUCUAAGGUAUUCUGGGUACUAUGAUUGAGACAUAUAAUAAAAGGGUUUGCACUUGCUAAGGCUUUUAUAUAAA